CAUGAUAUACGAAAUUCGCUGACAAACCCAGGUGGAUGGCUGGGACUUUUAACUUUCUUUAUCCUGGCGUUGGCUUGGCUGGUGGGAUUUUCAUCACGAAUGUUUGCCGUCAUCCGAUUCGAGAGCAUCAUACACGAGUUUGACCCAUGGUUCAAUUACCGAUCAACGCAUCAUCUAGUGACAAAUGGUUUUUAUAAUUUUCUAAAUUGGUUUGAUGAGAGAGCAUGGUAUCCACUCGGAAGAAUCGUUGGUGGAACGGUCUAUCCCGGUUUGAUGAUGACGGCUGGCGGCAUCCAUUGGGUGUUGAAUGCAUUGAAUAUACCAGUGCACAUCAGAGAUAUGUGUGUAUUCUUAGCACCACUAUUCAGUGGUUUAACAGCACUAGCCACGUACUUGCUAACUAAAGAAUUAUGGAACGCCAGUGCUGGACUUCUAGCAGCAGCAUUCAUCUCAAUAGUGCCUGGAUAUAUUUCGCGAUCCGUGGCGGGUUCUUUUGAUAAUGAAGGUAUAGCUAUCUUUGCCCUCCAGUUCACAUACUACCUUUGGGUAAGUACCGUUGUCAUGACAACAAUACAUUAAUCAUUAAGAUGGCUGCACCAGUGCAUGAUUUCAUUUGACUGUUUUUCUCUACAGGUGUCUGCAUGGGGUGGAUAUGUUUUUAUCAUAAAUCUGAUACCAUUACAUGUUUUUAUACUUUUAUUAAUGGGUAGAUAUUCUGAAAAAAUAUACGUAGCUUAUACAACAUUUUAUAUACUGGGUACACUACUAUCAAUGCAAGUACCAUUUGUUGGAUUUCAACCAGUUAGAACCAGUGAGCACAUGGCUGCAGCAGGCACAUUUGCUUUGAUCCAGGCCUAUGCCGCUCUCAAGUAUGUUCAAGAUUUUUUAACGAAACAAGAAUUCAAGUCAUUGUUUUUCUUUGCAAUUAGCUCAGUAGCUGGAGUCUUGUUUCUUUGUGUUGUGUACCUAACGUAUGCAGGUUAUGUCGCCCCCUGGAGUGGACGAUUCUAUUCACUUUACGACACUGGGUAUGCUAAGAUUCACAUUCCUAUUAUAGCGUCUGUAUCCGAACAUCAACCGACAACGUGGGUGUCGUUUUUCUUUGACCUUCACAUACUAAUAUGUGCGUUCCCCGCUGGAUUGUGGUUUGUUAUUAAAAAUAUCAACAACGAGAGAGUUUUCAUUGUGUUAUAUGCUAUCAGUGCUGUCUACUUUGCUGGUGUGAUGGUACGUCUUAUGCUGACGCUGACUCCUGUUGUGGUCGUCUUAGCGGCAAUCGCAUUUUCAAAAACAUUAGACCAUUAUCUCCUUGACGAUACUCCCAAAAAAGAAAGUGAUGAAGAUAGCGCUGACGAGGAUGAAGAGGAUGACACUGAGAGGAGAAACAGGAAAAAUCUUUACGAUAAGGCUGGAAAAAUACGCAAGAUAAAGUCUAGUCCAGCUGAGGACAGCGAAGGCCUUGGUACGAAUCUGAAGGGUAUUGUUGUCAUGGCGAUAAUAAUGAUGUUGAUGAUGUUUGCAGUGCAUUGCACGUGGGUCACAAGUAAUGCAUAUUCCAGUCCUAGUAUCGUAUUGGCAUCGUAUAACAAUGACGGAUCAAGGAAUAUAUUAGAUGACUUCCGUGAAGCUUAUUAUUGGUUACGCGAGAAUACCGACGACAAUGCGAGAGUGAUGUCAUGGUGGGAUUAUGGGUAUCAAAUCGCUGGAAUGGGUAACAAAACGACGCUAGUCGACAACAACACGUGGAAUAAUAGCCAUAUAGCACUGGUUGGUAAAGCCAUGUCAUCCACCGAACCGAAAGCUUACGAAAUCAUGCGAAUGCUUGACGUCAACUACGUAUUGGUUAUAUUUGGUGGUGUGAUUGGUUACUCUGGAGACGACAUCAACAAGUUCUUGUGGAUGGUUCGAAUAGCUGAAGGGGAACACCCACAAGAUAUUAAGGAGAGUGACUAUUACACGCCCAACGGUGAAUUUCGUGUGGACAGUGCUGGAUCUCCAACAUUAUUAAAUUGUUUAAUGUAUAAACUGUGUUACUACAGAUUUGGAGAAAUGCAGCUUGAUUUCCGCUCUCCGCCAGGAUUCGACAGAACGCGUAAUGUGGAAAUCGGCAACAAAGACAUCGACUUCAAGCACUUGGAGGAAGCGUACACUUCUGAACACUGGCUGGUCCGCAUCUAUAAAGUCAAAGAAUUAGACAACAGAAUUCCACUCAGGAAACCAGUCAGGAAUUCUAGAAUCAAACCAAGAACACGAUUUACAUCAAAAAAGACAAACAAGAAGAAGCGUGGCUACGUUAAAAAUAAACCUGUAAUCAAGAAAGGAAAAAGGAAGCUUAAAAGUAAAUCUAAGAAGUAAUUGAGUGGGAAAACAGUGUGGAUAAGUCGUCCUUAUCCAUUGUAAACCUUUGAGGACCCCCUAUGUUGUUAAAAAUUGUCAUUUGAUUGUAGAUUUCCAUUCUUUCGGGUAAUAUUGUGCAAUGAGAGGAACUCAUGUUUGGUAUUUUCUCCGCGUGCUGCUACCAUUGCUCUUCUUGGGAAAAUACCCAACUAAUUUGCAUAUAUGUUAAUCACCUCAUUUGUAUUCAUAGCUAUGGUAUUUUGAUAGAAAGAUAGAAAUUCCCUGCUGUAUAAUAAUCAGGCUGAUCUACCAAAAUUAUCAUAUUUUUCGAAGCUACACACAGGGUUUGGAAGUAAAAUAUUUUUUUAAUCUUUUAUGCGUUCAAACGUGUAAUUCAACACAUCCCUUGAGGUCAAAUCGCUACAGUCAUCAUGCCGUGUCAUAUUCGAUAUGGGACUCAUGGCAACAUUUGCAAUGUGCAUAAAAUACAUUGUUUUGUUCACAUGAAAUUUGAAUACACGCUGUGUGAUGACUGUAGCAUUUGAAUAACGGAGACCACACAAAUUGAGUUUCCUACUUUUCUGGUAUCAUACACCACACUGGAUCUCAAGCCAUUAAAAUGUACUUUUUACAAAAAUCAUGAGGUUAUUUCUCCUUUGUCGCAUUAAAACUAUAAAGAAAAGCUUUUUCAACAAAGUCAUCAAAUGUAAGGGUCAAAAACAAUAAUCUAUAUUACCGUAAAAUCUGUAUUACCGUAAAAUCUGUAUUAGAAGCCGCAUCUCUAAUAGAAGUCGCACCCAUUAUAUUUGAAUAAUUGAGAAUCGAAAAUUUAUCAUUUCUCACAAGUGUAGAUGCUCUAAUAGAAGCUGCAUCCCCUCUGUUGCAAUAUACUAUUUUAAUAGAAGCUGCAGCUUCUAAUACAGAUUUUACAGUCAUGGCUUCUAUUAAAAUGUUACAAUGCAACAGAGGGGAUGUGUCUUAUAAUGGAGCACUUAAACAUCUGAGAAAUGGUAAAUUGUUGGUUCUCAAUUGUUCAUAAAGACUGUAUGUGCAGCUACUAUUUGGAAUGAGGAUAGAAGCCUCAACCCUAAUAGUAGCCACAGAUACAGAUUUUACGGUAUUUGGUUUCCACUCUAAAAAACUAGUUGUCCCAGAGCGAAAUGUGUUAUCAUCUUUUACAAACAAAUCUGAACAUUUGUUGGCACCGUAUGUACAUGUACAGAUAAAAAAAAUGUUAAAAACUUUUCAGUGAAAAUAUGAUUUACUUGUUUGACAAUUUUACACUGAACUGAGUACUAUUAUGUAAGAUUUUUGGAUUUAUUUUCA